AUGUGGUCCGCUCGCCCAGACGUUACUGGCCAGCGCAGUAUUCACACGGCGCAGAUCUCAGGAGCCUCGUCUAUUCGUCGAGAUGGCGAGUUGAUGAAUUUUCGUUACGGGCCGCAAGACGGCAGAGCCAUACGUAGAACUCCAUCCGAGAGCGUGUGGUCACGCUGUCGCCGAAGCGGCAAUUUCUCCAGUGUCAUGGGCAGACUACGGGACUCAGAGUUGAGGAGCCAAGCGGAUUUAGCCAGCAAUACCAAGAGUUUCGUCGGCUCAACGGUUUCUGCCCUGCCUGUACAGGCGGAACACCAGCGCGGAGGCAGAGAAGCGGGGUUCCGGCCCUUCGCUUACAGAUGGCGGCAUGCCUUUUCGUCUCAUGUGGGAGGAGGACGAAAUGGUGCAUCUUCUCUCGCAGGCGACCGAGGCAUCGGCGCAAGCUCGGUCAAUGCCUCCUGUGACUACAUAGAUGUUCCCGGGGCAGUCAGUCGAGCCUACUCCCAGCAGGGGUCUUUCCUGUACGGGCCUUCUGGCCCGCGAGGCCCCGCAGAAGGCGACGACGCACCACCUGGCCUUCGGGCCUUCGACCUCGUUUCCAAAGCCAGCCCGUCGAAAAUGAUUGAGGAGCAGCCCCAAGAUGACGAGAAAGAAGAGCCUGACAGCGACGACGAAGAGCGCGACCAGUCGGAGUGUGUCCGUGUGUGCCGCAAGUGGAUGCACGCAGUUUUCCCGGACUCGUAUCCUCUUCUGUGGUUUGUUAUUCAAGCCUCCGUGUGUUUUGUGCUUCUUCUCGUGGGUCUGGGAGACGGAAGCAACAGCAGCCGAAGUGACUACGCUCUUGGAAAACUCGAUUUCCACUGGAUGCCCGGGGAAGACGUGACUGACAAGGCUCGUCCCAAGCCACACAUUAUUGGUGAUAUCGAUAACGAGAGGCUCCUACUGAAUGGCUCUCUUGUCUUCAUCUGCGUUACCCUGUUGAACCUCGCCUUCUGGCUUUGCACCAUGGCGGUGCGAGUCGUCGUCAUCACUGGCUUGCUGAAUCUCAUCUGCUACGAACGCCCUGCUGCCACAGCAUUUGUGUCGACCGUCGACCCUGAGAUCUUCUACGUCGCAUGGAGUGUCUUCACCUACGCCUUCUGGCGAGGCCACGCCCGUUCCAGUCACCUGGUUCUGGUCCCGAACAGCCAAGAGAAGACAGACAUCGAGCCCCUCACCUUUUACCGUCUUUUCGGCGAUGAAAGGUUUUUCACCGAGGAUAUGCUGCGAGCGAUUAAUCUGACUAAUGUUGUGUAUCUCAUACUCUCUGUUCGUCGCGCGCUCCUCGCCCUGAUGCUCUUCUUUUUCGAGCUCGGGUUCCUGAUGAACAUGAACUCCCAACUGGUGAACUACUUAACCAAAUAUGCACGAAUUCGUAAACUGAAUGUGAAGUGGUCGCGGACCUCCCCAAAAGAGUGGCAUCGGCCGACGCAGUCCGCCGCCUCGGUGUGCAGCAUCGAGGACGGCGAGAACCGAGACGUUUUCUCUCAAGAAGACCUUAUGAAAGGAGAAGACUUGCAUCCGAAUACAACAGCGCAGUCUUCUCUGGGUUCGAUGCCCACAUUUCCCUCGGUGGCUGAUCGGCAGGCGAAACCCUUUUUGAAGAACCACGUAGCUGACAGGCCUCGCGUUCGUCCGUCGGCCUCCGAUUCUUCUUGUUCUUCUUGCUCUCCAUCUGGGGUGGUCGCGCGAGACACCAGCCGCGAGGCAGAACCCAAGCAGCUUGACGGGCGAGAGAGCAAGGAAACGGCGGCACGCGACACUCCGGAAGAAGAGGGCUUUGCUGCUUACGGAAACCACCCGAAGCCGCCCGAGACGAAACGUCAGAACAGCGACCUCAGCACCGCCUGUAUCCCUGAAAGACCCAGCUAUGGCCAGGAACUAGAGCAACCCGACAAAGAGAACGGGAGAGGUGAAGACAAAGGCGAGGAAGACAUGGUGAGAGGAGGCGAGUCUUUUUCCGAGGAAGAAGGCGAAGUCGGCAGGCAGCUCGCCCACGAAUGGGAAGGUGGACGGGAAGAUGAGAUGAAGAGCAUUACACUGUCGCUGCGCCUUUCCCGGGAGGACAGACGGCGUGAAAACGCCUUGUUCGUACCUCCCCCAGAAGAUGAGGAAAACGAGACCGACGAAGCCCGGUGGGAAACACGCGCAGGACGUGCAUACGACCGAGAGCGGCAAGUUUGGAACCUCGGAAACAAAGUCGCAGGCGUCUGGAGCGCAGCGGCCGGCCUGUUUGGAUUCGUUCGCAACGCCAGCAGGACAAGAGCGGGUGAAGGGCCGAUGAAAGGCUCUGCCCGGAGGCGAAGAAAUUCGAGUCUCCACGGCCUCCAUCUGCGACCCCUCUUCUUCCCCUCGAAGAACCGCUCGAAUGAUCUGCUGGAUCCGCCCAACACUGGCCGACCGUCCCAGGCGCAGCGGCUAGAGGCUUUGCUGGGCGAGGCGGGAGAAGCCCGCGAAGAGCGGGAGCGUGAGACUGAGAGGGACCGGGGCGACGUGGACGGCGGCAAGGCCCCUCCCGGCGAAGGCGAACGCCCGCCAGGCAGAGGCUCGUUUUUUCCGGGGCUCCGUGCGCAUCACCAGCGGCCGAUGAGCGCCUUUCGCAUCCGCCACUCGCUCACAAAGAAGCGGAUUGAUCAAGAGGUCAGUGGCCAAGGCCUCCCUCGGCCGCUGAAGGCACAGAGCAUCGAGGCGACCAAGACCUCGAAAGUCCAGAACUGGCUGCUCAUUCAGUACGCGCUUCACUAUCCGCCGGCUCUGUUUAUCCACGGACGGCGCAUCGCUUUGACGAACAAGGAGAUAACGGGGACGAUUGCGGAACUGAUUUUCAACCAACUCGUGAAGGAAAACUCGCGGCCGCAAGAGAAUCAGAGACUGAAUCACGUAGGACUGAGAGUUGCAGGGGAGAAGGCGCCUAUCCCCUCGGGCGGGCUGUCUUACCGAGGCGCGGCGAAUCCUGCAGCGUCAGUACAGAGAAACAGCAAGGCUGUCUUGAUCAGAGACGAGGGCCGGCCGUGGUACCCCUCAGACGAAGAAGACAUCAAGACAGAAGUCGAGCCUUCUUUCGCCGACGCCCCAGCACUGUCGGCCGAGCUGUGGCAUGAGAAGCGGAAGAGCCGUUCGCUCGCGUGCAGUUGCAGUCGAAGAGAGAGAUUCCGCGAUGCCGAAGGCGCAACGCGAGGCCAGUCAGAGGGGGACACACGAGAAGAGGACGAAUGGGGGAAGAGGGAGGAGAGGAAACGAGGGGGGAAAGGAGAAGACUGGACGGAAGACAACAAUCCGACUCCCCUGCACAACACGGAUAUCUUCUCUUCCCAGCGGACGAGAAAAGCGAGUGGGCAGGAGCAGAAGAGGGAGCAAAUCGAGUCGAUUUGCAGGUCCUUCAUCGCGUGGUUCGUAUUUGUCGUCCAGGGUUGCCCCUUCCCGCUCUUCGUCGUCCACUCUAUACCAUUCUUCCUUCUCUGCAUCCCCGGGUGUCUCUUCUUCUUCUUUGUCGUCGUCUUCGGCUCUUCUUCUUGCAUCUAUCUCAAGUCUGCCAGCAGCGUCCUCAGUGCUCACUCUCGCCCCUCCGGCAGCCACCUUCUUCGUUUCCUCUUCCUCGUAUCCGAGUCUUCCUCCGAACUCGAAGAGUGGGACGGCUACGAUCAGCAGAACGUCACAGAAGACGAAGAGACACAGAACUCUGCUGUCCCUCCACGGAAAUCCACAGAGUCGCGUGUCGUCACUUUCGCGUCCUCCUCUCUCGCUGGAGCAUCUGACGAGCCCGCGAGUCGUCCUCACGCCUCUGCGGUUCCCCCGCCUCAUUCCGGCUCUUCUUUCUCGGCUUCUCCAUCUUCGUUGACUCCCCAGCUACAAUGCAGUCCCCCUAAAACGGCGCUUCCCGUCGGCGCCGGCAGCUGUCCUCCUCCGCCCGAGGAUUCCGUUUCUGCCCUGUCGUCGCGCGUGGGCGUCGCACCUGCUCUGCCGCGAAGAAGUGAGGAGGCCCCGCCCGGCGCCGGUCUUUGCCUCUCGAAGGCUCCAUCGAGCCUGGAGGAGCGAAGAAAAGAUGAAGGAGAAGACUUGAGAAGUUCUGGCGCCGCGUGGGGACGCAACAACUCUACCUCAGAGGUGAAGAAGACCCGAAAUACCACUGCGGCAAUUCGUGGGGAUGACGCCGGCGCACCGGGAGACAAAAGUGACGAAGACAGGAAGACUGUUGCGGGGGAAUCUACGGGGAAACGUGGCACGCGCGGCAGCCAGAAAGGAAAAAAGUCCGAAGAACACACUGAAACAAAGCCGUCUGAGAGCCGGGCUCUCAAGUUCGACGCCGCCCCUGAACAGGGUGGUGAAGGCUCCAGUGGAUGGUGUGCGAGCAGCAGCUUUGCCAGGCAUAGUGUGGAGUCUGUCGACGAGCCAGGCACGAAGGAAAAAGAAGAAGCGUAUCUUGGAAGAGAGACCAUAGAGCUGUAUCUCCGGCCCGAGGAAGCUGAGGAAUUCAUGAAGCAAGUCGACUUUGCAGGACACGGAAAGAUCAACGCGGAAAUGUUCAAACGUGCGAUCCUCAACAUCUACAACGCCCGCAAGCGCCUCGUUCGUGGGCUACGAAGCCAGGGAAGCGUCGCUUCCACAGUCCUGCGAAUGAUCUCCCUGCUUCUUUGGUUCGUAUGUGCAGUCGUGAUGCUCCUCGUCAUUGGUGUGGAUAUGAACACAGUCAUCGUCUCAGGCGCCGCCUUCCUCUCUGCUCUCACUGUCGCCCUCAGCUAUUUGUAUCAACACUUCGUCACAGCCGUCAUUUUUGUCGCUUUGACGAAUCCCUACAACGUGGGAGACCGCAUCCGCGUUGACGGCGGCGAAAUCCUCACCGUGCGAAAAAUCCGAACCUACACAACGGAGUUUGACACUGUCCAUGGUCGACCAUAUUCCUUGUGGAUGGCGUGUGUCGAAGGGUGGGGAAACUACCGGAAGGUUUUGGAUCUGCGCAGCGAGGUGUACUUCUAUCUUGCCAAGCAGGUCAGUGGACCUGAGCUCGAAUCCUGGAUCAACGACGAACUCCUGUGA